AUAAAUCGUCCGGUUGUUAACAAGUUUCUACAUUUGUAUUCUGACAACAAAAUAAUUUAUUUUUUUUAAUUUUAAACCUACCUUCAGCCUUUUUCGAAUAUGAUUGAGCCAAAUUGUGACGGAGAUGCCACAAAAGUGCCCUACGAGGCAGUCCCUUCCUCGUGGACGCUGUCCCUCGUCGACCUCCGCAAUUGGAUGACCCUUGUCGACAAGCAUGUCCACAAGCAGAUCACUCGCCCGGGUGACGAGGAGCGGGAUCCGGUGCCGGACAAGGCCCGGGUGUCCAUCCGGUACAGGGCCUACUGGGAGGGCCACGAGCGCCCCUUCGAGGCCUCCAGGCUGCGGGAGUUCGAGACUGGUGGCCACAUGGUGCUCAAGGGCCUGGAGGCCGCCGUUCGCACGAUGCGACCCUACGAGCAGGCGGAAUUCGUGAUAUCCCACGAGCUGCUCUACGGCGAGCUGGGCUGCCUGCCCCUCAUUCAGCCCAUGGCGAAUGGGCUGUUCCAGGUGGAGGUCAUCGACUACUGGCCUAUCAAGCAGACCGAGAGGUGGCGCAACGAGUUCAACGAUAUCUAUCCGGAGGCCAGGGAACUGCACCGGCAGGGCAGGAUGUGGGUGAGGCGCUUGCAGCUACCCAAUGCGGUGAGUGUCCUUCGGAAGGGCAUCGAAUCCUUGAGCAGCUGCCGGGUCAACAGUGCCGAGGAGCACCGCCAGCGGGCCGACCAGCUGGUCCUCCUCUAUCAAGGCCUGAUGGUGUGCUUCAAUGGCAUGGGCAGGCCGAAUGCCGCCUGCGAGGUGAUGAAGAAGGUGCGCCGUCUCACCGGGAACAAUCCCCCCUGGAGGACGCUCUGCCAGGAGGGAAGGGCCCUCUUCACCUUGGGACACUUCGAGCGGGCCCACAAUGCCUUUUCGGAGGCGCAGAAAAUGCAGCCGAACAACUACCUCAUCCGGGAUGAGAUCAUCAACAUCAGCAAGUGGAUAACCGUUCCCGAGGCGUCCAAGCUACCCUUUGGAUACGUCCAAUGAGUCGCUGAAGAUUGAUCCAUUGAGAAAGACGAGCCUUUCGAAAUAAGACACUAAAUCUCAAAAAAAUAUGUUCUAGUCAUAAAGAAUUAUUCUUGGCAUAUAUUUGUACU